CAGACGGCCUGCUCUGCUGCUGCGGGAGUGUAGGCCUCAGGAUCUGAAGCAGAAGCUCCAAAGUCUCCCCUUGAAAGAAGUAGAUCCAUUGAAAGCCUUCUCAAAAGAGUUAGGCUGUACCUUAGAAAAAACCUAUGCAUAUCUUCAAAUGUUGUGGCCAUAUAUUCACAGAAGACUGAAAGAAUUUUUAUGGUGCACAUCCAAAGAUGUAUUCCUUCAACAUGAAACAGGUUCCCUUUCUCAUCUUCCUCUCUCAGUUGGUGACAGCAGCAGAUGAAGUGAAAGAAUAUGAUCUUGCAAUGAAAUGUGCCACCAACAAGAAGGUUGUAGUGGAACUCUUCUACAAUUAUGCUUCUGCUGUAGUCCUGCAGUACCAAGACACUGGGUUGGAGAUUGAAUCAAAGGAUAUCGAUUGUGCAAUAGAAUUUCGUUCUCAACCAGACUCCGGAAUAGGAUUUGUUAUUGAGGACUUGAACUUAAGGAAAACUGGUCAUCGCUGUGUGGAUUCUGUCCGGUUUGUUCCAGAUAUAUUGCUCCUCCCUGACGCAGCAAGAGAUGUCCUUCAUGAUGGUAGCGGCAGUGUAUGUGGCACUAUGCAUAACAAAAUGCAGAAUCUCAGUCAUCGCUAUACAAAAUCUGGGAAAGCUAUGUAUGCUCUCUCCUACACUGAUGACCGGAUCGAUUUUUACUUCAGAAAAAGGCGAUCAGCAGUUGAAGAAAAACUCAAUCUCACUCUCACUGUCACAGCCUUUCAGCGACCAGAAAGAUGGGGCAGUUGUGGAGUGCACAAGUUUGACUGUGGACACUCUCAAUGCAUUGCAAAAGAACUUGUGUGUGAUGGUCAUGUCAAUUGCUUGCCCCGUACUGGUUACAUUGGCCUGGAUGAAGAAGACUGUGUAUCAACUCAACCGAAAGAUUACUCCAUUGGAACUGUGUGGAUUGUUCUGAUCAUUGUGAUUACCAGUGGCAUUGUGAUAUUAUUAUUCUUCCUCUGCAAUAAGUUCUCCAGUCGUCUCGCAAGUCACAUUCGUCCCCCAGCACCCACGAGUGACUGUCGAUACCUUGGCACUUCAGAGUUUGGCUCUAAUGAAGCCCCACAAGCAGUUCCUCUUCAUCCCCAGGAGCCUGUUUUGGAAGAAGCAGAUGACAAACCACCUGAAUACCAUGCCCUCUUCCCAGAGGGGCCUCCUUCUUUUGUUAUAGAAACUGAAACCAGCAGAGCUGAGACUGCUCCUCAGAGCAUUGUAAAGCCGUGGAAUCAUGUCUCGUGACUUCCCUCUGCAAACUGUAGCACCUGAGGGAUUGUGCAGAUUUUUUAAAGGACUUUUUUUUUCACCUUUAUUGAGUCAUGUGGAUGUGAUAAAUCUUUUUUUUUUUUUUUACAAUAUGGCAACAAGCCUGAUCAAUGAAUCACCAAGCACAAACU